UUUUCCUGUUGUCGGUUGUAAACACAGCUCGUACCUGUUGACUAACACUCUGGUUUUAACAUUCAGACGCUACAAAUUGUACCUCCGGACUCGGCGGAGAGAGGAUAUAGUAAAGAUGCACAUUAAGUCUAUUAUUAUUGAAGGGUUCAAAUCCUACGCACAGAGGACGGAGAUCAACGGCUUUGACCCGCUGUUUAACGCCAUCACAGGACUGAACGGCAGCGGCAAGUCGAAUAUUUUGGACUCCAUAUGUUUUCUUUUGGGCAUUUCUAACCUAAGCCAUGUACGAGCUUCCAACCUCCAGGACCUGGUUUAUAAAAAUGGACAGGCUGGUAUCACCAAAGCUACCGUGUCCAUUACCUUUGACAACUCCAACAAAAGUCAGAGUCCUCUGGGGUUUGAGACCCACGAUGAGAUCACAGUCACCAGACAGGUGGUAAUUGGUGGCAGGAACAAGUACCUCAUCAAUGGGGUCAAUGCUAACAACACCAGGGUCCAGGAUCUAUUCUGUUCUGUUGGACUCAAUGUCAAUAACCCACACUUCCUCAUCAUGCAGGGAAGAAUCACCAAGGUUCUAAAUAUGAAGCCACCAGAGAUCCUUGCUAUGAUUGAAGAGGCAGCAGGCACCAGGAUGUAUGAAUGUAAGAAGAUCAGUGCUCAGAAAACCAUUGAGAAGAAAGAGGCCAAGCUCAAGGAGAUUCAGACUAUUUUAGAUGAGGAAAUAACUCCAACCAUGCAGAAACUACAAGAGGAAAGAUCAUCAUACCUGGAGUACCAGAAGCUGAUGCGUGAGAUUCAGCAUCUGUCACGGCUGUAUGUGGCCUGGUUGUUUGUUUGCGCAGAGGAGACCAAGAUGAAAUCAGCAGAGAACCUGAAGGUGAUGCAAGACAACAUUGCUAAGAUGCAAGCAUGCAUGGCAGAGAAUGAGAGCAAAGUGCAGGAGCUGUCAGCCCAGAUUCAGGAACUGCAGAAGAAAAAAGAUCAGGAGAUAAAUGGAGUGUUGAAAUCCCUGGAGGAGGCUCUAGCUGAGGUACAACGUGUUGAUGCCAAAGCUCAGAGUGCACUUGAUGUGAAAAAACAGAAUCUUAAAGAUGAAACUAAAAAAAGGAAGGAGCUCAUCAAGAAUAUGGAAGAGGACAAGAAAAUGCUUGUGGUAAAAGAAAAGGAGGUGUCUAAAUUGACGGAGCAGCUUCAGGCUCUACAGGAGGAGGGACAGCAGGAUAGCACUGCUCUUGAGGCAGCUGAGCAGCAUUUCAAGGCAGUCUCUGCUGGUCUCUCUACUAAUGAAGAUGGAGAGGAGGCUACACUGGCAGGACAGAUGAUGGCUUGCAAAAAUGACAUGAGCAAAGCAGACACAGAAGCCAAACAGGCCCAGAUGACCCUGAAACAUGCCCAGGCUGAGUUGAAGACCAAGCAGGCAGAGGUAAAAAAGAUGGACAGUGGCUACAAGAAGGACCAAGACACCCUGAAUGCUGUCCAGAGCAACAGACAGAAGCUGCAAGAUGAGCUGGCUAAACUCAACUAUGAAGAUGGAAAGGAGGAGCAUCUGUUGGACCAAAGACGGCAGCUGUCCAGAGAGGUCUCUAAACUUAAAGAGACCUAUGAAAGGCUUGUUUCUCACUUCCCCAACCUCCGCUUUCACUACAAGGACCCAGAGAAAGGAUGGGACCGCAGCAAAGUGAAGGGCCUGCUAGCUAACCUGAUCACAGUACAAGACGUCUCUUAUGCCACAGCACUGGAGGUGGUGGCAGGAGGACGAUUGUAUAACAUUGUCGUUGAUACAGAGGUGACUGGUAAAAAGUUGCUGGAGAAGGGAGAGCUGCAGCGGAGGUACACCAUCAUUCCUCUGAACAAAAUUUCUGCCAAGACACUGAAUGACAAGGUGGUGAACACCGCAAAGAGCCUGGUUGGAGAUGACAACGUCCAUACUGCUUUGUCCCUAGUGGGCUAUGAAUCUGACCUGCGGAAGGCCAUGGAGUAUGUAUUUGGCUCCACACUGGUGUGUGACACCCUGGACAAUGCCAAAAAAGUGGCUUUUGAUAGGCAGGUGAUGACCAAGACUGUCACUCUUGGAGGAGAUAUCUUCGACCCACAGGGAACCUUGAGUGGAGGUGCUCGCUCUCAGUCAGCAUCAGUUUUAUCCAGCCUGCAGGAGCUGAAGGAAGUCCAGGACAAGCUGAAUGAAAAAGAGGCCCAGCUUCAGGAUACUGAACGACAACUGGCAGGCCUGAAGGGAACUGCAGAAAAGUACCGGCAGCUUAAGCAGCAGUAUGAGCUGAAGGUGGAAGAGGAACAGAUUCUGCAGGCGAAGCUUCAGCAGAGCUCCUUUCAUCAGCAGCAAGAGGAGCUGGAGAGGCUGCGCAAGGCUAUAGAGGAGAGUGAGGAGACCUUACGCGUCACCAAGGAGGUGCAGAAACGAGCUGAAGCCAAAUACAAAGUGCUGGAGGAUAAGAUGAAGAAUGCUGAGGCAGAGAGAGAGAAAGAACUGAAAGCUGCCCAACAGAAGCUAAAUGCAGCUAAGGCCAAAGCUGAUGCCUUCAGUAAGAAGCUGAAGCAGAAGCAGCAGGAGUCUGACGCUGUGGCGCUGGAGCUGGAGGAGCUGCGCAGAGAGCAGGCCGGUUAUGAGCAGCAGAUUCAGGCAGUUGACGAGGCUAUGAAGGCCAUCCAGGAGCAGAUCGACAGCAUGUCUUGCACUGUAUCCCAGAACAAGGAGGCUGUGCGGAAAGCCCAGGAGGAACUGGCCAAACAGAAGGAGGUGAUCAUGGCUCAAGACAAAGAGCUCAAGGUGAAAACCACUGAAGCCAAUAAAAUAAGGGAACAGAACAAUGAAGUCCAACUGAAGAUCAAGGAACUGGAGCACAACAUGAGCAAGCACCGCAAAGACAGUCAAGACGCUGCAGACAAGGUCACUCGGAUGCUGGAGGAACAUGACUGGAUCCAAUCAGAGCGCCGCUACUUUGGUCAACCAAAUACUUCUUACGACUUCAAGACCAACAACCCGCGUGAGGCCGGUCAACGGCUGAAAAAGCUGGAGGAGACCACCACGAAACUGGAGAGGAACGUCAACAAGAGGGCCAUGAACAUGCUGAAUGAAGCAGAGGAAAGGUACAACGACCUGAUGAAGAAGAAGAGGAUUGUGGAGAACGACAAAGCAAAGAUCUUGCAGACCAUUGAGGAGCUGGACCAGAAGAAGAAUGAAGCUCUCAACCUGGCAUGGCAGAAGGUCAACAAGGACUUUGGCUCUAUUUUCUCCACUUUGCUUCCCGGGGCCACUGCAAAGCUGGCCCCUCCCCAGGGCGGAGGUGUCUUGGAGGGCCUUGAGUUCAAGGUGGCCUUGGGUAACACCUGGAAAGAGAACCUCACAGAGCUCAGCGGCGGGCAAAGAUCCCUAGUGGCCCUGUCUCUCAUUCUGGCCAUGUUGUUGUUCAAACCUGCUCCCAUCUACAUCUUAGACGAGGUGGAUGCUGCCCUGGAUCUCUCUCACACACAAAACAUUGGACAAAUGCUGCGUGCACAUUUUAGACAUUCACAGUUUAUUGUGGUGUCUCUAAAGGAUGGCAUGUUCACCAAUGCCAACGUGCUGUUCAAGACCAAGUUUGUGGAUGGCAUGUCUACAGUGACACGGACGGCGCUCAGCCAGAGUGAUGCCAACCUUCCUCAGAAAGCCCAAGACAAGGCUCGUCAAAAGGACAAGAGGAACAAGCAGCUCAUCGGCUAAACAAAAUGAAAACGUUCUAUACACCAUAUUAUCUAAAUAUAAGAGUGGUGUAUGUUAAGAACAAACACUUUUGUAUCUGGUAGGGGUAAUUUUCACUCAUCACAGGUUUUAUUCAUCCAUUUUUUAUUGUGGUUCUGUUACUACAUUCCCUGUAUCUUGUGUAUUCUGUCUCUUACUGUCUUAAACAGUCUUGUUUAUAUCAUUUUGUGUGUAUUUCAAAUGUUUUAACUACAUUUUCUCCAUUUCAACUGUUCUUAGUUAUGUUUCUGGAUCUGUUUUGCCACAAAUUGAAAAAUCAAGCAUGAGUUGGAUUUUUUUUUUUUUGAACAGUUAACACAUCUGUAUAUUUUGGUAAAUAAAGUGAGUCAAAUAUAACCAUCCUAAAAUCUAGU